AUGUUGUGCAGCUUCUCCACCAUUACCCUUACCUUCACCUUAACCUUGUUCCUUCUCUUUGCACCUCUUCAUUCUUCACAACCCAUCAUCAUCAUCCACCGUAGGAUCCUCCAUCAACCAUUUCUUCCAUCUCAACCUCCAAACCCUUCACCACACUCUUCUUCUUCUUCUUCUCCUCCACCUUCAAACCCCAAGUACCCUUUUUCUUCCAUAACCCCCACCACAAACAACACCACUACCCCUAAUGAUUCUUCUACACCCUUUUUCCCUACAUACCCAUCACCACCACCACCUCCUUCUCCUUCAACCUUCGCUUCCUUCCCUGCUAACAUUUCUUCUCUUAUACUCCCUCAACCCCCCAAAUCCAAAUCAUCUUCUACUAAGCUAGUCGCCGUCGCCAUUUCCGCCGUCGCUUGCGCCGUCGUCGUCGUCGCCGUCUCUUCCUUCGUCUACUGCCGACGCAGGCGUAAAGGCUACUCCGCCGACGAGAAAACACUCAGAUCCGACAGUAGCAUUCGCUUGUUCCCCCGUGAAGCUGCUUCCGGCGCCGGAAACAGAAAGUCGGCGAGGCAGAACUCUUCCACGAGCUCUGAGUUUCUCUACCUUGGCACCAUUGUUAACUCACGCGGUGGAGUUGAUGAUCUUCCUGAUUCUCGCGGCGGUGGUAGUGGCGGCGGUGGUGGAGGUUUGAAUCCUCGGAAAAUGGACUCGCCGGAGCUUCAGCCGCUUCCUCCGUUGGCACGGCAAGCUUCGAGGCUACGCGAUGAUUCAACCACCGUGACGGUGGAGGAUGAAGAAGAGGAAUUCUACUCGCCGAGAGGGUCUCUUGGUGGCCGCGAAAGCUCCACCGGAACCGGAUCGGGUUCCCGGCGAGUUUUCUCCGCCAUUGCCGCCGAUAAUCUUGUCGGUCGUAGCAGCACUGAAUCAAGCUCAACUUCUUUCUCUUCUUCCACUUCUGCUUCACCGGAUCGGUCUCAUUCCAUUAGCCUCUCGCCGCCGGUGAGCAUAAGCCCCAGAAGAUCACAACCCAAGUCGCCGGAAAAUGUACUAACCCACAUUUCUACUCCUCCUCCGCCGCCGCCGCCACCACAACCACUCGCCGGAGGCGACGGUAGAAGCUCAUUAUCGUCAUCCACACUAUCGUCACCGCUAGUUUACCAACAACACGUGCAAUCAAAAUCUUCUUCAAUGUCUUCAACUCCAGAGCGAGCCUUCGCCGGAGAGUGUCAGUCACCGUCGCUGUCACCGCUCACACUGUCACGGAACGAAAACCAAAACACAGAUGGGUCGAGUGUUUUACCUGAAAAGACUCAGUCUUGUGGUUCAUCGCCUAAGAAAAACGAAGUUGCAUCAUCGCCGAGACUAUCCAAUGCUUCAAGUGGUGGCAAGUCUGUGUCUUCUUUGUCUUCAGGGUUUUCUCUACCGUCACCUGAGAAAGUGGCAAUGAUGCAUCACGGUUUGGAUCAGUCUCCGACUAUAUCUGAUGUCUCAGAUCGGUAUAGGCAUUCUCCUCUUUCAUCUUUGCCUUUGUCACCAACCUUGCUUUCAUCACCUGAGAGAGAAUUGAACACUCAAUCAGCACCACCUUCUCGGAAGCAAUGGGAGAUUCCAGACCUCUUAACACCCAUUGGUGAAUCACCAAUGAAUGUUGAAACUGUUUUGCUUCAAAAUGGGGUACCUCCAGCUCCUCCUACCUUGCCACAGAGGAAACAUUGGGAAAUUCCGGUUCUUUCAACACCAAUUGCUCAAUCUCCUAGAGUUUCAACUCCUCCUCCUCCUCCACCACCACCGCCUCCUCCGCCGUUGAAUGUGCCGCUGCGGCAGCGGAAGCAGUGGGAAGUGCCUUCUCCCUCUACACCUGUUGAUCAACCCAUUUCGAGGCCACCGGAGCUUACCCCUCCUUCUAGGCCUUUUGUGUUGCAAACUCCAACAACAAAGGUUUCUCCUGUUGAGUUGCCACCAAGUUCUCAGAAUUUGGGGGUGAUUGAGGAGAACUCUGAGGAGGCAUCAAAACCCAAGUUGAAGCCUUUGCAUUGGGACAAAGUGAGGGCCAGCUCUGAUCGUGAGAUGGUGUGGGAUCAGUUGAGGUCUAGCUCUUUUAAGUUGAAUGAGGAAAUGAUUGAAACGUUGUUUGUAGUGAACACACCAAACCCCAAACCUAAGGAUACCACUCCACGCUCAAAUCUUGCCCCGCAAAAUCAGGAGGAUAGGGUGCUGGAUCCUAAAAAGUCCCAAAAUAUUGCUAUCUUGCUAAGAGCGCUUAACGUGACUAUAGAUGAAGUGUGUGAUGCACUGUUAGAAGGUAUUACUGAUACACUUGGAACAGAACUACUAGAAAGCUUGUUAAAAAUGGCACCAAGCAAGGAAGAAGAACGUAAAUUAAAGGAACAUAAAGACGACUCUCCAACCAAGCUUGGUCCUGCUGAGAAAUUUUUGAAGGCAGUGCUUGAUGUACCUUUCGCCUUCAAAAGGGUGGAAGCAAUGCUUUACAUAGCCAAUUUUGAGUCGGAAGUGGAGUAUCUUAGGAAAUCCUUUCAAACUCUGGAGGUGGGUUGCGAAGAGCUGCGAAACAGUAGAAUGUUCUUGAAGCUUCUAGAGGCUGUUCUUAAGACUGGGAACCGCAUGAACGUGGGGACAAACCGCGGUGAUGCUCAUGCAUUCAAGCUUGAUACACUUCUCAAGCUGGUUGAUGUCAAAGCAGCAGAUGGGAAAACCACCUUACUGCAUUUUGUUGUACAAGAAAUUAUUCGAACUGAAGGUGCUCGUCUCUCAGGUAGUAAUCAAACUCCAAGCACGACUACGAGUGAAGAUGCCAAGUGCAGGAGGCUUGGCUUGCAAGUAGUAUCUAGUCUAAGUUCAGAUCUAGCAAAUGUGAAGAAGGCUGCCGCUAUGGAUUCUGAAGUUCUCAGCAGUGAAGUGUCUAAACUAUCCAAAGGAAUUGCACACAUUGCAGAGGUUGUGAAGUUAAAUCAAAUGGCAGGAUCAGAUGAAAGCAGUCAGAAAUUUACAGAAUCAAUGAACAAAUUCAUGAGAAUGGCUGAGGAGGAGAUUCUAAAAAUUCAAGCCCAAGAAAGUGUUGCUUUAUCCCUAGUGAAGGAGAUUACAGAGUAUUUCCAUGGGAACUUGUCCAAGGAAGAAGCUCAUCCAUUUAGAAUCUUCAUGGUAGUAAGAGACUUCUUAACAGUUCUUGACAGGGUCUGCAAAGAAGUUGGUAUGAUAAAUGAGAGAACCAUGGUUAGUUCUGCUCAUAGAUUCCCUGUUCCAAUUAACCCCAUGCUUCCACAACCCCUUCCUGGUCUACACGGAAAGCGACAUUACAGCUCCUCAGAUGAUGAUAGUCCAUCUCCUUAGCCAUAUAGGGUGACACAUCUUGGCUGCAUCUUCUGUUAGAAAAAACCUGGAAGAACCAGGUGAUUUUGACGGGUCUUGGGGUGCAUGUAUCUGGCCCAAAUGAUUUUUUUCUUUCCUUGUUAAAUUGUAUAAAUCCGUGUAAAAGAUUUGAGUUAUAUAUAAUAGAUUAUAUAUAUAUAGAGUAGAAGAUUUUCUUUGGGAUAAA